ACAAACUGAAACUACACAUUUGACAUUUGACGUAAAAUCAAAAAUCAAACUGCAGAAACGAGCAACGGUUUUGUUGUUCAUUUUUGUUGUGAAUGAAUUUACCUUUGUCUGUUGUAAUUUGAAAUUCAAUUUUUAAAGAUUUUUAUUUUGUUCAGACUUCUGUUUAGUUGGUGUCAUUCAAAUUAUUUAAGAGUUCCGAUAUUGUGAUAAUAUUCUUAGAUAAUACAAACACAUUACUGGAAUGGAUGCCUUUACUGAGAACAUACUUGCAAGAGCCAGGGAAAGACAAAAAUUACUAGAAGACUACACAGGUAGCGAAAAAUCGCCUCUCAGGGAAACUCAAUCCAAUAAUUCAUCUAAAACUAAUUUAGCUGACACAAGAAAAGUUCACAAAGCAUCACUGUCUGAUUCGGAUCUGACCUCGAAAAUAAAGAGAGCUGGAUCUUCUCCCUUCAAAGAAAACAAUUCUGAUUCCAAUUUACCUAGAUUUUCAAGACAAAAUUCGAAAACUAUGGUAUCAUCUGAAAUACCAGGUUCUCCUGGUAGUCAGUUGAAAACAUUGAAUAUUCAGCAAGACAACUUCAACAUGGAAAUCAAAUUGACCUCAACUGAAAAUGUGCGAGUUGAAGUUGAAAUAGCAGAGGCAGAUAGCAAUAGUGAUUCAGAAAACAAUCAUGAUGAAAAUGGACUAAGAGAUGAAUCAAAAAGUAAACUCAAAAGACUGGGAAGAUUGUAUGCAGGUGGGGAAGAAGCAGACAUUUCUUCUCCGAUUCACAAAACUGAAGCAAAGUUCUGCACUAAUGAGUGCUCAAAUUCCGACCAGAGUAAAACCAAAUCAGAAAAGCUUGCAAAGUCUUCUAGAAAGGGAUUGAGCAAAUUAGCAGACUUGGCACAGACUAUCAAUCAAUGGGAGGAUGAUGUCAGUACUCCUCGUCAUGUGGAGGAGAAGGUGACAUCCCCGAAAAAAACUUGGAAACCUCCUGCUCCACAACCUCCGGUAACGGUUUCGCCCCCAAAACCGGUACCGACGAAAAUUUCGCAAAAACCCAAGGCUCCAGAGCCACCGAUUUUUAGGGCAAACAGCCCUGAUAAAGGGGACUUGAGAGGGAGCCCAACCAAGCAAGUGGUUACUCCUAGAAAGGAUGACAGGAUUCAAGUGGUCGACGCUGUUCCCAAGAAAUUGAAGUGGGAUAAAAAUGUGUUGGAUACCUUGGAAUCACAAGGAUUUACGCGAACAAAUUCAGAGUCGCGUUUGGUAUAUUCGUAUAAUUCACAGGACAAAAAUAUCGAAGUCAGAACGGCACAAAAAGUGCCGGUAACGAAAGAGCAGCCAAAUGUAAUUCCCGAAGAAGAAGAAAUCCCAACAGAGGGCAAAAUAAAACAAUUGAAAAGUGUGUUGGAAGCGAAGACUAGCAAUGAUCAGAAAUUGCCGCAAGCCCCUUCAAGUCCUACCAAGUUGAGUGUCAGAAUAUCCAAAAACGAAGAAGGAACCAAGUAUCCAUCAAAAUCGAACCUGAGAUCUGGCAACAUAGCUGGCCGCGCUGCCAUUUUCGAAACAAGCCCCAGCAAGAGCACGAAAGAUCCCGCUCUGCUCUCUGUGUCAGAAAGAAUGGCUCUGUUCGAAAAAAAUAGAGGCGAAGCCCUAGUCCCGAAAGCAGCUUUCGGCAUGGCCCCUCCAGUCAAAGUUGAAACUACAACGAAAGCCAGUGCUACAAGGAUAUUCGCAGAAAAAACCAACAAACCGUCGGAAGUUAGACACUUGGAGACCGUGAAACCAAUAAUCCACAGUCCCCCGAAAUCUGCCAAAAAACCUGCCCCGAAACCACCUGUGGAGACUUCAACUCCCACAGUGGCGGCUGUCCAGCAGGCCGGGGGUAUUGCUAACAAGAUGGCCGCUUUGCUGCAGAACAAGACCACCAUUUCGCAAGAACAAAUCGAAAGCAGCGUCAAAUCGGAGAGACAGAAAGAGAUGGACAUGUUGCUGAAUCGGUUCAAUAAGAAUAAAGCGGUGGUGAAUGAUGCAAUCGUGAAAGAUACAGAUGAUGAUGAAGAAGAUGGUACAGAGGUAGAUGAGAAAACUGCCAUGAUAAGCGGGAGUGUGGCACAAAUCGUCAACGCCGGAAAUAGAAGGAAAUCUGCCGAGAAAAGGAAGAGUGGAGGAAAGCCACAUGGCAAAGGCGAUAGUCCCCAAGUGGCAGCGGUAUUGAACGAAGUGAAAAGGAUCAAAGUGACGGGACCGAAACCGGGAGCCCUAUAUCCGAACCUUUCCGACAUCGAAGCCACCACGGAAACGGAAACCGACAACCACACCAGGAGUCCUUCGCCGGACGAAGGUCAAAGCAGUUUCGAAGAUAACAAUGAUUCAGAUGACCCUAAUACUAGUUUUGGUCGUGAUAUCUUAGAGGCGGUGUGUAAGAAUCAGACCCCACAGAAGAGGCCAAUUUACGAUGAAAGUACUGCUAGUGAUGUUUCGAGUAUUUUGGAUGAUAUGGACAACUAUCUUGGUGAAUACAGUAAUGGUGAAAAUAGCAGUACCGGUCCAACACCCCCAAAACAAGUGAAGCCAUUAGUAGUAGAAAAAACAACGACGCACCCUUCAAACUCCUUCAAUUACAAGACUUUCUCGCCUACUGUGAAGCCCGAAGGAAAUAAAUUCCAAUCGCCAAUGAAGACUAGGACUUCCGUUGAGCCUAUUCCCGAUUUGCCAGAAUAUGUCGUCGAAGGAGACAAUGUUCUGCCUCUGACGCACACAGUCAGUUUUUAUCGGAAACAACAAAAUCAGGCCCAAACGCCUGUCCGGCAAAUUUCGAGACAGCCCCAAAUCGAAGAAUCCGCAGAAGAGCCGAACGACGAAGAUAUUUUGGUCACGAAGAAGAUGGACGAUUUGAAGGGCGAGGUCAGCAAACAACAGAACAUCAUAUCGCAAACUAGUCAAGCCCUCAAUCUUUGCAGUUGCACUCCGGAGUUUUCCGGAUCCACUGAACAAGUGGAGGCCGAGAGGGUAUUGCUAGUUGCAACUCACAGGAGACAAGCAGCCCUUCACGAAAUCCAGAGGCUCAAAGUUGAAGGAACAAUAAGACCACAGGGUCAACACGCUAAGGAUUUGCCGCUUGAAAAAGGAACCCUGACUAUUUCGAAUAUCAUUCUGCCUCUGAAACAUAAAUAUGUGAAAGCUCUAGCGGCUGCAGGUGGUAAAGGCCACCAUGUUGUGUGCCUCAUCAAAUGUGGGGAACAAGUUGUACCAACGAAACUGGUAUCGACUGUGAUACACAACGCGAAAAAUCCAGAUACCGAAUUAAGGAUACCAGGAACGGUCAUUCUGAAGGAUAUAUACAGCGAUUUCACUGUCACCUUUGAAGUGUAUUGCUUACAGGCUCAAGAAGAGUUUCUUCCACACGAAGUUAAAUAUCACAUAAACAACAAAAAGUCUGGGAGCAAGUUAGUAACCCCCAAAAAAUCAAAGCAGGAUUCCAGGAUGAUAAUGCCAAUCAAAGAAUCACCUGGCGGUCCACAAGCCGUCAGAACGUCCUCAUUUGCUGUAAUGGGAUACGUUGUAUUUUCAGUACAAGCAGUGAACAAGCGGGUUUGGAGUCUCAACAACACUCCUUCGAUGAGUCCGCUAGAGGGCAGCGUAGAGAUGAGAAUAUGCUGUGAGUUAGCGGUGUCUGUCGAACAUCGCGGGUUUUUGACAAUGUUCGAAGACGUGUCAGGAUUCGGAGCGUGGCAUCGCAGAUGGUGUUUACUCAAAGGACAUACUUUGAGUUAUUGGAAAUAUCCGGAUGAUGAAAAGAAGAUGGCUCCUAUCGAUUCAAUCAACUUGAAAAGUUGCGUGACUAAACAAGUUGAACCUGUGAGCAGGGAAAUAUGUGCCAGGCUACAUACUUUUUUGAUAGAAAGAGAAAGAUUGGCCCGUCCCCAAGAUAAAGAUAGUUUAGUUACUAUCUGCCAAGGGAAUACAACUAUCAUAAGACAUUUAUUAUCUGCAGAUACAAAAGAAGAGCGAAUAGAGUGGUGUGAGAAAUUUAAUUCCGCCUUUACAGCCCUAAGGAUGUGGGGUAAUACACAGCAGUAAUCAUUAAUAAAUUUUAUCGUUAUAGGACAGUUAGAGUAAUAUAUCAAUUAUGAAUCCCUAUUAGAAUUUAACGUUG